UAUAGGGUGUGGGGAAAGAGAAACGCACAUAACCGUACACAACAAGAGAAGAGGAACAGUACAACCCGGCUCAAGAUGUCCUUUUUGAAGGCUCUUUUCCGUAGCAAGGAAAAGAGCAAAGCUAAAGAGUACAAGAAUGUCACCAAAGACGUGGACCCGAUGGAAAACUGGGUCAAAGUGAGCGAAUUGGGAGAUGGCGCUUUUGGAAAAGUUUACAAAACUGAACACAGGGAGACUGGACAGUUGGCGGCACUCAAGACAGUACCAGUUGCUGAUGAAACUGAGAUGGAGGACUUUAUGGUUGAAAUUGACAUACUCUCGGAAUGUAAACAUGAUAACAUUGUUGGACUCCAUCAAGCCUUCUUCUAUGAUAAUCAAUUAUGGAUUUUUAUUGAGUUUUGCCCAGGAGGGGCCAUUGAUGACAUCAUAUUAGAAUUGGAGAAAGGUCUCACUGAAGUGCAGAUACAGUGCAUCACAAAGCAACUCUUUGAAGGUUUGGUAUUUCUGCAUGAUCAACGUAUCAUUCACCGCGAUUUAAAAGCUGGGAACAUCCUUCUUUGUCCUGAUGGAUCUAUUAGAUUAGGUGAUUUUGGAGUGUCGGCCAUAUUGAAGCAAAGAGAAAAGAGAUAUACUUUCAUCGGAACGCCAUAUUGGAUGGCUCCAGAAGUUGUUGCUUGUGAAGCCAUAAAAGAGGAGCCAUACGGAGUGAAGGCUGAUGUCUGGAGUGCCGGGAUUACUCUUAUUGAAAUGGCUGACAUGUUCCCUCCUUACCACGAGACCAACCCAAUGAGAGUACUCAUAAGAAUCACUCGCUCCGAGCCUCCGAUUCUCGCCGUGCCCUCUCACUGGUCGAAAGACUUCAACGAUUUCUUGUCAAAAUGUCUUGUUAAAGCUCCAAGUCAGAGAUCCUCUUCAAGAGACCUUCUCUCUCACUCGUUCAUCAGUUCAGUUAAUGACUAUCUCCCCUUGAGGUUGCUCUACUGUGAGGUACGGGCUCCUGUUGAGGAGGUCAUUGAGGAUCUGCCUGAAGAUAUUGCAGCUACUGCUAAAGAAUCUGACUCUGGUACAGAACCAGGCACUCCUCCACUUUCUCCUGCUAAGACUGAUCUAGAGUCUCCAGAGGUGACUAUGAUUGAUGAUGAAGUUCCUCAAACUCCUGUCAAAGAGGAAGUGGAACCAUCUUCUACUACUCCUCCUCCUCCUAGUGAAGAGGCGAAAGGAGAAGGAGAGGGAAAGAACGAAGAAGUAGAAGUGAAAGAAGAACCUGCUAUCAAGGGAGGAGAUAAAACGCAAGAAGGAGGAACUAGUAAAGAAGCUGAUUCUUCUGCUUCUAAUUUAAUUGCUGCUCUUGACAGAGAUGAUUUAUCCACAGAAUCUCCUUCUGAUUGGCAUUACUCCACUUUGAGGAGACAGCGUAAAUUUAAAGUCGAUGGGAAGGAGGUUACAACAGAAACGACUCACAUCGUCCAGGUGCAGAACUCAUCAAAAGAGACAGAGUCAACUACUGCACUGGCAACUCAAAAACUACAGGACAACAGGAAAUAUCAACAGAUGAGGAAACAAGAUCUGAGAGAAAUGAAAAUCCUUCAGAGACAAGAGAUGAAGGAAGCAACAGAAUUCUUUAAUAAAAUAACUAGUGAGAGGGAAACACAAGACAAGAAACUCGAGGCAGAGCAACAAGAGCUAAAGCAAAGAUAUCAGUCAGAGCUGGACAGUUUACAGAAGAAAUCGAUGAAAGAGUUAGAGAAACUUGAGCAGCAGCAGAUACAGGAGUAUAAAGCAAGAACGAAACAGCUUAAGGCAGAUCAGUCUAAAGAGUUGAAGCGUUAUCGUGAAAAUCAAAAGAAAGACGAGAAAGAAGAAAAGAAGAAAAUUGAGAAGGAAACGCCAAAGAAAGAGCUUAAGAAAAGGACAGCUGAGUGGAAGGAAAGUUUUGAUGCUCGUAAAGUUGAGCAAGAUGUACACUUUCAGUCUCAACUGGACGGACAAUUUGACAGAGAAAUGGGACAGCUACUUGGAGACCAACGAUCAAGAAUGAAAGAGGCUGAGUUGAAAUAUUUACUCGAGACGCAAGACAUAAAAAGAAGACGUGAGAAUGACCAGUGGGAACUGGAAAUGCGUCACAAACAAGAGCAGCAUCAGCUCCAGAAACAACAGGUCAGGGAAGCUUUUCACAUGCAGCGACAUCAAAUGCAAAUGAGACACCAAAAGGAGUAUGAUCAGCAGUUGAGGCGGGAUAAUUUCCGACUGGACGAGUUGAAACAGACCCAAUUGUUUGAAAAGAAGCAGCUGCCAAAGCAACUCAAUGCAGAGUUUAAGGUCCAACUAAACGAGUUAAGGAAGACCAUGGGACUCAGAAGAACUGCUGAGGACAAAGCGAAACUCAAAAAACUUGAGCAGAGAUAUAUUAUAAAGGAAGAGAGUGAGAGAUCUUUAAUGAAAGAAAAACACACUCGCGAUCUUGAGACACAAAAAGCCGAAAUGGAGAACAACAUAAGAGAAAUGGUUGAAAUACAGAACGAGAAGAAGCUGACUUUGACCCAACAAGAGACAAAGAAGAUUCAAGAGAAAGACGAGCAGCACUCAGCUGAUCUCAAAGAAUGGAAGAGAGACCUCUCAAACAGGAGACAGAAACUUGAAGACGAAUUUGAAAAAGAGAAAAGAGAAAAAGAACAAUAUUACACUAGCGAAGUUGCACUCCCUCACCAUCAGAGGUACUCGUUUAAAAACUCCGUCUCUGUGAGUAGCAUAUCGUCACGUUCGUCAUUCCACGAGGCUCAACUUGAGUCUGAUGCUAAUGUCACACUGCCAAGUAUCGGAGAGGAAGGAGGUGGAGGAGAGGAAAAUGGAGGGGCUACUGUUAUUUCCUAGUUUUUGCGUUUUAGCAAAUUUAAAUAUUAUUUAUAGUUAAACUGUUAUUUUUUCAGACUCUCUCUCUCAAUUAAUAUUUAUAAAAAAAGGUGUGCCCAAGUGUUUGUGUAUAAUAUAUAUCUAUAAAGUUAUUUUUGUUGUUAUUUUA